AUGGCGGAGGCAGAUAUGUCCGACGUGCCAGAGGCAGAUGUUGUCAGCAUUCAGCAGGUUGCGCCAGCGCCGCUGACAGGUUCGGAGACUGUCCAGCCAUGCGCCGCGAUCUUAGAGGGCGAGCUGCCCCAGCUGCCCCCUCCGCUGCAGGGCGCGGCGGAGCCAAGAGAUGACGCAUAUCGAGAGAAGGAGGAUCGGGCUUGCGCAGAUGGCAGCGGCAAAGAGACUUCCGCUGCACCUCGCGGCAAGCCGAAGAGGAAGGCCAAAGAGGCGUCGAAGGAAGAGGCGCUCGAAGGCGACAAGGCAGCAGGCCCUGCUGCCAAAGUGCGGCCACGGGCGAAGAACAAGAGGAACAAAGGGAAAGAGGAUGAUCCUCCUGAAAGCAAGCAGUCUGAGUUGGAGGCAGAAGAGUCUCCAGAGGAGAAGGCAGCAACAACAGCUGCAAAAGCGAGACCACGGGCGAAGAGCAAGCUGAAGAAAGAUGACGCUCAACCAGCAGAGGGCCAGCCUUCGGUGGACAACGGAAGCGAGCAGCAGGUGUCAGGAUGGUUUGAAAGCAAAGACGAGGCGGAAGCUAAGAUAGAUGACGCUGACAAGACACAGGAGCAGAAGCAGCCAGAGCCGUCAGAGCAGUCAGAUGAAAAGGCGAUAGGAGCCUCGGCCCAAACGGCCCAGAAGGUAGAGCCAGCGCAGAAGACGGAUGUUGAAGCAGAUAAGAAGAAGAAACAAGCUAAAGCCAAGGCUGCUUCUCGCAACCAGCCAAAGAAGAGGGCGGCCAAAGAGGUUGAGCAAGGACCACUGGACGGCGGCAAGGCGGCAACAACUGCGGCCAAAGCGCGACCACGGGCGAAGAGCAAGAUGAAGAAAGAUGAUGCUCAACCAGCAGAGGGCCAGCCUUCUGUGGACAACGGAAGCGAGCAGCAGGUGUCAGGAUGGUUUGAAAGCAAAGACGAGGCGGAAGCUAAGAUAGAUGACGCUGACAAGACACAGGAGCAGAAGCAGCCAGAGCCGUCAGAGCAGUCAGAUGAAAAGACGACAGGAGCCUCGGCCCAUGUUGAAGUCAACUCGGAAGCGGACCAGAAGGUAGAGCCAGCGCAGGAGCCGGAUGUUGAAGCAGAUAAGAAGAAGAAACAAGCUAAAGCCAAGGCUGCUUCUCGCAACCAGCCAAAGAAGAGGGCGGCCACAGAGGUUGAGCAAGGACCACUGGACGGCGGCAAGGCGGCAACAACUGCGGCCAAAGCGCGACCACGGGCGAAGAGCAAGAUGAAGAAAGAUGACGCUCAGCCAGCAGAGGGCCAGCCGGCGGAGAACAACGGAAGCGAGCAGCAGGUGUCAGGAUUGUUUGAAAGCAAAGACGACGCGGAAGCUAAGAUAGAUGACGCUGACAAGACACAGGAGCAGAAGCAGCCAGAGCCGUCAGAGCAGUCAGAUGAAAAGACGACAGGAGCCUCGGCCCAUGUUGAAGUCAACUCGGAAGCGGACCAGAAGGUAGAGCCAGCGCAGGAGCCGGAUGUUGAAGCAGAUAAGAAGAAGAGACAAGCUAAAGCCAAGGCUGCUUCUCGCAACCAGCCAAAAAAGAGGGCGGCCAAAGAGGUUGAGCAAGGACCACUGGACGGCGGCAAGGCGGCAACAACUGCGGCCAAAGCGCGACCACGGGCGAAGAGCAAGAUGAAGAAAGAUGACGCUCAGCCAGCAGAGGGCCAGCCGGCGGAGAACAACGGAAGCGAGCAGCAGGUGUCAGGAUUGUUUGAAAGCAAAGACAACGCGGAAGCUAAGAUAGAUGACGCUGACAAGACACAGGAGCAGAAGCAGCCAGAGCCGUCAGAGCAGUCAGAUGAAAAGACGACAGGAGCCUCGGCCCAUGUUGAAGUCAACUCGGAAGCGGACCAGAAGGUAGAGCCAGCGCAGGAGCCGGAUGUUGAAGCAGAUAAGAAGAAGAGACAAGCUAAAGCCAAGGCUGCUUCUCGCAACCAGCCAAAGAAGAGGGCGGCCAAAGAGGUUGAGCAAGGACCACUGGACGGCGGCAAGGCGGCAACAACUGCGGCCAAAGCGCGACCACGGGCGAAGAGCAAGAUGAAGAAAGAUGACGCUCAGCCAGCAGAGGGCCAGCCGGCGGAGAACAACGGAAGCGAGCAGCAGGUGUCAGGAUUGUUUGAAAGCAAAGACAACGCGGAAGCUAAGAUAGAUGACGCUGACAAGACACAGGAGCAGAAGCAGCCAGAGCCGUCAGAGCAGUCAGAUGAAAAGACGACAGGAGCCUCGGCCCAUGUUGAAGUCAACUCGGAAGCGGACCAGAAGGUAGAGCCAGCGCAGGAGCCGGAUGUUGAAGCAGAUAAGAAGAAGAGACAAGCUAAAGCCAAGGCUGCUUCUCGCAACCAGCCAAAGAAGAGGGCGGCCAAAGAGGUUGAGCAAGGACCACUGGACGGCGGCAAGGCGGCAACAACUGCGGCCAAAGCGCGACCACGGGCGAAGAGCAAGAUGAAGAAAGAUGACGCUCAGCCAGCAGAGGGCCAGCCGGCGGAGAACAACGGAAGCGAGCAGCAGGUGUCAGGAUUGUUUGAAAGCAAAGACGACGCGGAGGCUAAGAUAGAUGACGCUGACAAGACACAGGAGCAGAAGCAGCCAGAGCCGUCAGAGCAGUCAGACGAAAAGACGACAGGAGCCUCGGCCCAUGUUGAAGUCAACUCGGAAGCGGACCAGAAGGUAGAGCCAGCGCAGGAGCCGGAUGUUGAAGCAGAUAAGAAGAAGAGACAACCGAAAGCCAAGGCUUCUCGCAAUCAGCCAUGGAAAGGUACCAGCGAGGACGCACCCACCGCUGCCAAAUCGAGACCACGUGCGAAGAGCAGGCAGAAGAAGGAGAGAGUGGAGCAGCAAGAAGGCACAGUGGAGAAGCCUGAUGAGAACCAAAGGCCAGAAGAGAAAACGGGUGCAGCAAAUGAGGGCGCAACGAAGAGAGUACCGGAAGAAGUCAAUGAAACAGCCAAGGAAGCGGCAGAAAACGCAUCACAAGAAGAAACGACCCCUCAGAAGACGGAGAAGGCAGAUGAGCCAGGGCAGAUCAAGCAGAAGGCAAAAGCGGAUGAAGUGCAGAAAGAGGCGAAGGCUAAAGCUGAAGACCUCACGGUGAUGGAGAACACGGUUCAGACCACAUCGAUCCCCUUCAAACAGGAGCGAAGGACGAAGACAAACGAGUUCUUCAUCCCUGAGCCGGUGACCUACAAGCCUUUCGCAGCGGUGGAAUCGCCCGAGAAGCCGACAGUCAAGGCAACCAAGCCAACUCCGAAAUUUGCACGGCCAAAGCUAUCGCCUGUGCUAGAACCAGCGCAAGCGGCGGCAUCGCCAGCACCGGCACCAGCGGCAGCGCCAGCGGCAGCGCCAGUGGCAGCACUAUCGCCAACACCAGCGGCGGCACCAGCGGCAGCGGCAGCACCAGCGCCAGCGCCAGCGGCAGCACCAUCGCCAGCGGCGACACCAGCGCCAGCGGCGGCACCAGCGCCAGCGGCAGCACCAUCGCCAGCACCAUCGCCAACAUCGGGACCAGCAGCAGCACCAGCACCAUUGCCAACACCGGCACCAGCAGCAGCACCAGCGCCAACAGCCGCACCAUUGCCAGCACCAGCACUAUCGCAGGCACAGGCACGAGCAGUAGCCCCAGCACCAGCAGCAGCGGCACCAGCGGCAGCGCCAAGCACUGCAAGCGCAGGGGCCACGCCGCGGCCACCACUCGCUUCAACACAGGAGGUUGCAGCACAAGGCGACGUGUGUGUGCGGGCGGAGGAAGAGCUUGGGAAGUUGCUGCAAAGCCAGGCAGCUUCCUGCCAGAAGCAGCGAAUUGCUGUGGAGGAUCGCCUGGGUGAUCUCUUCGAGCAGUGGGUGUCAACCCGCCCAGCCCCUCGGGACGAGCAAGCGGUGCGCCAGGUCUUGGAGCCCGUGGUGGGUGAGGCUGGCAUGAAUGCGGAUGCCGGCAGCUUGGCUGCGGCCACUGAGGAGGCGGCCAGCGCCGGUUUCCGCGUUCCUCUUCUGCUCACAGAGCACUUGGAGCAGCUGAAGCGAGAGGAGGAGAUUGAGGGGAUUUGGCAGUGCCUUACCACGAGCUUGCGGGAUGCCGACCGCUUGGGCGUGGCGUUCUGGUCCCAGGAGGCCCAGCAGUUUGGCUUGAAGGUCCCCGAGGUCCUAGCGCUAGCGCUGAACGCCAUGCGUGACGAGGAAGCCUCGCGUUUGCAUCAAAUGGAGGGCGAGGCCAUCUUCGCCGCGCAAGCUGCGGAGGCGCACGCCCGGCGGGACGUGCAGAUGUUGAAAGCCAUGGCUGCGGAUGCCCAGGCCGCCGGCCAGGAUCCUUCAGCUGCCCUGGCGGCGCUGACGGAUCUCACGGGCGAGCUGCAAGAGGUGGCGCAGCCGCAGGAAGCAGAGGAGUUGGAGAGGCUCUUCGUCUCUUCGCCCAACGGGCAGAACCAUUGCUUCGGCAUGUACGUCCUGGUGCGUGAAGAGCUUGGUCACGGCAUGCCAGUGUGGCGCCAGUUGGGCGGAGAGCGGUGGAUCUACUCCGACCAUAUGGGCCGAUGGACUGUGGGAAGCAGCAAAGUGCGGCAGAACGGCUUCCAAGGCAGCUCUGGCUUUAUCUUCUGCCCGCAGAAACACCACGGCCUCCUCCCGGACAAGAUGCAGUUCUGGAUGCGCUUCGACGAUGAGGCCAAGAAGUGGAAGAAGGAUGAAGACAUCACAGUUGCUUCGGAGUACGUAGAGGAGGUCAUUGAGCCCAAGUUCUCCCGACGGAAAGGUAAAGCGGAAAAGAAGAGCAAAGGCCGCGGCAAAGGGCGCAAGGAGAAGGAGGAGAAGCCAAAAGCCAAGCCCAAGCCCAAGCCUGCGCCGCGCCCCGGGCGCGCGGAGAAGGCCCGCCCAGGCCCCGCGCUAAGGCUGCCGCCCAACCACAUGAGCCAGUCGCAGGCCAUGCAAAUCCUCGGCUUGAGUGGCCAGCGGUUGUCUGAUCUCCGUGAAGAGGUCAUCAACAAAGCCUACCGAAGGCUUGCUUUGAAAUGGCAUCCCGACAGACAAAGCAACAAGCUGCAAAAAGAGGAGGCGAAUGCCAAGUUCGUUGAGCUGCGGAAUGGCUUCGAGUUCAUGCGCGACCUCUUGAAAGCUACGAAGGCCUUGCAGGACGGCGCCCUCUUCUGA